AUGUUUGGCCUAAAUAUUUCCGAGUUUUGUUGCAGAGGGCUAGAUAAAGACACGCUCAGUAGAGAUUAUGGCUCGGGGAGGAGGAGCGACGAGACAUGCCUCAGAACACUCCUCCGAAACCUCACCUCCCAGGAAAGGAAAGAGUUGCAAGAUAAGUCGGACGUAUACGGGUCUUCCUUCAUUCACUGGGUGAGCCGAUGGGGCUGCCCUGAGACCGUAGGCAGUGUGCUGUCUGUGCGGAAGGGCGAUGCCAAGCUACGUGACAAGCAGGGCAUCACCCCACUGCACGUCGCCGCGCUGGGUGGACACACACUGUGUGUGCAGCAGUUGAUAGACAACGGGGCGGAUGUGCGCGCUCUUACCUACCAGACACACCACACGCCCCUGCACUAUGCGUGCAUUGGUGGCAGUGUGGAAGCCGUGUCUAUGCUGCUGAGUAAUGGGGCGGAGAGCACGAGCGUGUGUCUGCCCUACAAACGCACGUGUCUGCAUAUAGCCUGCAUACAGGGCCACACAGAGGUGGUGGUGCGCUUGAUACAGGAAAACGCGACAGAGCUAGAGUUGAACUACAUUACAGUUGAAAGCACCGAUACCAUGGAUAGUAUCGAAAAUAGCAGUACCACGGGGAGCGCAAAUUAUAUCGAUUGUAUCGACAAAUUUGGCCUCACACCUUUAGCCCUGGCCAUGGCUAAAGGACAUAGUCAAACAGCGUUUAAGUUACUGAGUCUCGGUGCGGAUAUCAAUUGCGGGAUCGCGGGUGUGGUACACGACGAGGGGUUCGAGCCAUUACAGCAUAGCCAAGAAGCAGUCAAUGGCAUCACACUGUGGCACUGCGCGUCUGCAAUGAGCGACAUAAGUGUGUUGCAAAAUAUAACACAACAGAGCGAGGAAUAUGACGGGAGUGAAGCCGCCGGGGAGUGGGUAACGAAAUGCGACGGUCAAUUACGAGCACCGCUGCACUAUGCUGUUGUUUACGAACGGGAGGAGACGGUGGAGAAGCUGCUCAGCCUAGGCGCAGAAAUUGCCUCUCUGGAUACGUAUGGCAUGUCGGCCCUACACUAUGCUGUACAAAAAGGUAAUGAUAUUGUAAGUAUAUAA